UGGAGGACGCCAGAUGUUUCCAGGAGCUGCACACUUCAGUUGCUCUGUCCCACCGGCAGCGGCUUGAUAAAGUCGUAAAUCAGAGAAGAGGAGCAGAGGAGAGUUGAUCCAGUCGAUCCGGAUCCUCGUGCGUCCUGACGCGCCGGCGGAGCAGCGACCAUGGGAGCGUCACACGGGCGCACGAAGCCCAACGAGUUCCAGGAGCUGAUGGACAAGACUGGAUUUUCAGCGGAGCAGAUCAAAAACCUCCGCAUACGCUUCCGGCAGCUGAGUGGAAACGAAGAGACAAUAAGCAGAGAAAACCUGGACAGCAUUCCGGCCCUCGCCAACAAUCCCAUCAAAAAGGAAAUCAUCGAUGCAAUCUUCGACAAAAGGAACCAGCAUGAGAGCGAGGUGGGCUCCUUCCAGGAGAUCGGCUUUGAGCAGUUCCUCAUGGUCAUGUCUCACUUCCGCCCUCCGACCCUGAAGACCACUGUGGAGGAGAAGGAAGCUUUGAGAAAGGAGAAGCUUCGCUUUCUGUUCAACAUGCACGACACAGACAACGACGGCAUAAUCACUCUGGAUGAGUACAGGAAGGUCGUCGAGGGAAUUCUGUCGAAGAGCGGCGCCAUCGAGCCGGAGACCGCCAAGGGAAUAGCAGACGCUGCCAUGCUGGAGGUGGCGAGCACAAACGUGCCGAACAUGGCCCCAGACGACUUUUAUGAAGGAAUUACAUUUGAGCAUUUUGAACAGAUCCUCAAAGGCCUUGAGAUGGAGAACAGGAUGCACAUCCGCUUCCUGGACGUCGGCACCACGAUGCGCUGUGGGAGGUCCACGUCUUGA